AUGGCCGACACCACCUUCCACACCACCCAGCAGGACAUCCGCAAGCCUGAGUCCCACGCCUCCCACGCCCAUGCUGGCCAGACCCCUGCCAACUCCAAUGUUUCCGCCAUGAAGUCCAUCGUCGACCAGAACAACGCCAACAAGGGCGAACAGAUCGAGAAGACCAAGGCCAACCUGCCCCUGCCUGACCAGCCCCCCGUCGCCAGCGACUGGAACUCGGCCGAUCAGAGAACCGUCAACGUCGGCUCGGGCGGUCGGGAGGGCCCCGUCUCCGGCGAGAACAACAGCGCCCUGCGGGAGCCCGCCACCGCCAGCAGCAGCGUCCGCGUCGAUGGAUCGGAGCUGCACCAGAACACACAGCCCGGCAGCGACGUCGGCCGCCAGGGUAAGGACAACCUUGAGGGUCUGCCCAAGGAUGCCCUUGCCCGGUAA